UGUCAAUACAUGUAAAAACUUUCGUUGAUUUUUAGUUAAAUUUUGUUCGUGAUAUGUUGAAGACGUGAAGAAAACGCCAAAUAGAAACUUUUGAAGUGUGUUAAGAAGAGAAAUCAAAAGGCAAAAAGACUGAAUUAUUAUUAUUUUUGUAGGAAUUCGUAACGACAAAACAAUUAUAAGGAGAAAAAAAGUGAAAGAGAAAUACUACAACAAAUUAAUUGCGUUUUGUGUUAUUAACAAAUAAAAGAAAAUUUUAACAUAAAAAAGGCCACCACUUUUUUGGUUAAACAACACAAAAAGUUUUUAGAAAAUGUCGACACCCGCACGCAGACGUCUUAUGAGAGAUUUUAAAAGACUUCAAGAAGAUCCACCAACUGGUGUCUCUGGAGCGCCAACAGAUAACAAUAUUAUGAUAUGGAAUGCUGUGAUUUUCGGUCCACACGAUACACCAUUCGAGGAUGGCACAUUUAAACUAACAAUAGAAUUCACUGAAGAAUAUCCAAAUAAACCGCCAACGGUGAGAUUUGUUUCAAAAGUAUUUCAUCCCAAUGUUUAUGCAGAUGGUGGCAUCUGUUUGGAUAUCUUACAAAAUAGAUGGAGUCCCACAUAUGAUGUAUCAGCUAUAUUAACAUCUAUACAGUCUUUAUUGAGUGAUCCAAAUCCAAAUUCUCCAGCUAAUUCAACAGCUGCCCAACUUUACAAGGAAAAUCGUCGUGAAUACGAGAAACGAGUGAAAGCUUGUGUCGAACAAAGUUUCAUUGACUAGCCAUCCGCCGCCGCUGCAGCCGUUAAAGCCUUUAAUUUAAUGAAAAUUAAUCUUAAACAAAUACAACAACAUGUACGUACACCUGGAGUUCAUCAUACUCAAUUCACAUCAACAACAACAAAAACCACAAUAACAACAACAGCAAAAAUAACAGCAACCAUUUCCGUUUUAUAAAAACAAACAAACAACCAACCAACAACAAUAACACACAUUUAUACACAACUACAACAACCAAAUGGAAAAAAGGAAGCAAGCAAAUCAUACAAAGUAAAAAUCAUUUCAAACGAAAUGUUGCAAGAAAAAAAUGAAAAUAAAUACAAAAAACAACAAAUAUCAAUCAAUAGGAAAUGGUUUAAAUUUGAAAAAUGCAGCUUUUUUUACUUAGUUUUCCUCCUUCUUUCUUAAACUCCUGCUCCUCCUAUAAAAUCCUCGUCCUUUAUUAGCAAUAUUAAAUAUUAUGUGUGCAACUGCAGAAGCAGCAUCCAAAACAAAUUAAACAAAAAAAACAACAAAUAAAUAAAAUUAAAGAUAAAGAACAACAAAGAAAAAAAACUAAAUAUGAAUAAAAAAAACUCAUUGUUUUAAUUGAAAGUAAAAGAGAAUUAAAUUAAAAAUAAAUUAAUUAAAUAUCAUUAUUUCCAAAAAAAAAAAAAAACAAACAA